UCGCCCUCCCACCAGUCGACCGGUACACCAUAAUAUUCUGGCAACCCAUAAUAGUUGUCCUCGUCCCUCGAAUUUUGGAGCGAAACUUUCCACGCGCACGUGUUGAUUAGACCAAGGUUAGACAACGACUGGAGCAGUCAGGUUUCAUGACUGUUUAACGUGAUUUUAGUACCUACUUACCUGCAACAAUGGAGGCACAACAAGCUGUGGAAAAGGACAAUGUAACUAUUGAUGAAGGAGAUGGUGAAAAGGGUGUUCAAAUUGUUCUAUCUACAGAAGGACAGAAAAUGCAUCAGUUUACAAUCAGGACGCUUAGCAGCCUUGCUGAUGGAGCAUCAGUGAACCAAGAACAAACAGGAUUUGACUGUUUGGAUCCACAGUUCAGCCAGAGUUCACUACCAGCUGCAAGCAGCUCAGUAACAGAGCUUGGAGCUGCAUCCAUUGCCACCACCCUUUCUGCUCAGGAGGAAGAGAAAGUAGUCCUGUGUAGGGAGGCUGUGUUAGCUAAUGAUGGUGUAGUUGAUGAUAUAGUGGCACAGCCAACCAAAUCAGAAGACACCAUGUUUGCAACAGUUGGGAUGAGGGAACAGUCGCCUCCUGUACAAGUUGUGGACAUGAGCACUGGGCUGGUCGUGGUGAACCUACCAAACCCUCUGGUGGUUCUGAACUCUGGACUACAAAAGUCACCCGACAAUCUAACAGACAGUCAGCAUGCAAAUAUGGCAGCUUUACUCAGGAUUCAAGCCAUGGCUCAGGCUGGCCAGAUGUCCAACACACAGUACAUGGCCGCUGUACCCAAACCAGCAGCAGCUAAACCUGUGCAUGCCUGUAGCCAUGAGUUCUGUGGGAAGAAGUUCACCUCCUCCAGUCACCUGAAGUACCAUGAGAUGUCCCAUACAGGAGAGAGGCUGCUCAAGUGUCAGGUGGUGGGAUGUGACAGAACCUUCACCUGGCCUGCACAUCUCAAGUACCACAUGAAGACUCACACUGGUGAGCGCCAGUACAGGUGCCCAGCAGAGGGCUGUGACAGCACCUUCUACACCCCACAGAGACUUAGGGUUCAUGUGAGGACACACACGGGGGAGAGACCCUUCAGAUGUACAGAGGAGGGGUGUGGCAAGGCAUUUACAACAGCACAGAAUCUGCGCAAUCACAUGCGCACCCAUACAGGUGAGCGACCCUUUGCAUGUCAGCAUGAGGGCUGUAACAAACGGUUCACAGAGUACUCCAGCCUCAAGAAGCACCAGAACACACACACAGGAGAGCGCCAAUAUGCCUGCGACGUGUGUGGAAAGCAGUUCACCCAGAGUGGCAGCCGUAAUACUCAUAGAAGGAAACACCAGCUUUUUGCCAUUCAGGCAGGAGAGAUGGAAUCCGGUGAGCUCUUAGGUCAACGGACAGUAUCUGGGGACAUGGGACUUAGCAUGGGCCUCAGGCAGACUGAGGACAUCUUGGGAAUACAGGGGUUAGAUGGUUCUGAGUCUGCUGAGGACAAUGCAGUGUUCAGCCACCCCAGCAGUGACAACAUCGUGACAGUCACUACUCAGCUGCCAGACAAGAGUCAGGAGGCUGAUCAGAUCUGUCUCUCUCACAAUCUCAUGGCAGCAGAUGCACAAGGAUUGUCACAGCCUUCCACAGCAAACGUAGUGGUGGUUGCUCAGCCAGCAGCAAUAGCUUCCAUGGCAACAGGUGCAUCUAGUUACCAUGACAACCAUCCAGGUUCAUCUGAAACCCUGGCAUAUGGCACAGGACUUCUCCAAUCUGAGCUGUCAGCCAUGACACAGAACAUGGAGGUGACUGAGGACUCCCACUCUGACAAGAGCACUCCCACUGUGGAACAGAUGUUAGACAAAGGGGAUAGGCAGGGCAGACUGGGUCCAACACAGUUGGUAAACAAGACUGAUGCUGAAGGUCCAGAUUCUUGAAGACUAUUUUUAUCUGUAUUACAUUUGUGUCUGUCUGGCAGAAUCUCUAGAUGGUUUGCAAAGAUAUUUGGAAGAUGUUGUGAAUCUGACAGACGAGGUCAACACAUUGCUUUUGAAGUAGCAAAGAAGUGUUGGUUCGGGCUCCCAAGCAUCUUGCAGAUUUGUCAAGUUAUAAGGAUAGCAGAAUAACAAAUAAAAAUUAAGAUGCAAAUUAUGCUAAUCAGAAUUUAAUUUACAUAGUAAAUGAGGAAUUUUUUUGCUUCCAUUGUUUUCAAUAUUAGGACUUUGAUACAUGUAUAUUGUGUAAUUUAUGGCAGGUGGAACAUUUACAGAUACAUGUACUAAUAAAGCAAAUGAGGACAUAGUUUUCAUGAUGCAAAAAUGCUAUAAUCCCUUAGUGGUAAACUAUGGGAAUAUCAAGCUUGAGAUAUGAGAAAUAUUUCAAGGGUUACAUAAAAUACAUAGAUUAUGUAACUGUGAUAGUAAUUUGCAGGCUUUAUGAAGAAAUAUAAACAUGGACCUUUGCAAGCUGAAAUAUAGGACUUCAAUACAUUCAAUAUACUGUAUGUAAUUCUAGUACAGCCUUAUUUACAUGAUUUAUGGCACAAGAUGAAACAUUUACAAAUUCUAAAUAUUUCAUGGAGGCAUGUGGUCUCCAAACUCUUGUUGAUCUUGUACAAGUAAGUUAUAUUGUGUGAAAUAUCUGAAAGCCUGUGUGAAUUUGAAUUUUUUCUUCUUUAAACUGUUGUACUGCAAACAAUUCCCAUGAAUGAAAUUACUGUAAAAUAAAAUGUAUUAUACAACAGGUAGAGAAUCAUUACAUACUUAGUGCUGUGUUUUCAACUGUUUCACUUUUUCUGUUUGUACUUUGUGCUUUAUUAGCUUGUUUCAAGUUACAAACACUGAGAUAGCUCAAAAUGGAACUGCUGUUUGUCUGUUGAUAAAGUUGAUUUCAGUUGAUAUAUGAACUACCAUGGGUCAUGUUUUAAGUCCUAGAACUAUCCCGAUGUUCUUGUGUUCACAGCUUUGCUUGUGUUGUGUGUACAAACACAGCUGCUGCUUAUACUUCAUGACAAAAGUUAUCGUCAUGUUUUAUAACUCAUCAUUUAUUAUACAGUAUUGUUAUCAAUGAAUAUCUAUUAUACAGUACUGUUUCUGAUAAAAGAAAAACUAUUUUGCUAACCAUGCUUCUAGGCCAGAUAACACCUCUGGCCUGUUGUCUAUAUGGCAAAUUUCUACAAUUUUCCAGCAACAUUUGGAGCCUGGUGGAGGCUAAUUGAUGAAACCAUAUCAACAAUAAUAUAUCAAUACCUCACAAUUUUGUGUCAAUUUAGUUCCCAAAAAAAAGGUAAUAAAUCAAGUACCAAAAGAAUCUCAUCAGCCAGAGUGCACUCUUUAUUCAUGUCAAAGAGUCUCUAUAUAUUUAUCGGUUUGAUUUUAAGGAUAUAUAUACAGCAAGGGAUGUCCGACUAGUAUUAAUACAAACAACCUACCUUAGCUAUUACAAGACAGUAGUUGUGUUGUCAAGUGAUCAUGAUUCAGUUGUUUGUGAUUAAGGAAUUAUACCUCAGUGAAAAAUGGA